UCAGGAUGGUGAGGAUAGUUCACAAUCAAAACAUAAACAUUCUUCCAAGCACGAAGCACGUGCAUUCAAUAGUCGGUGCAAUCUUGUGAAUAUUCGCAUAGUUUUUAGAUUUCUGCAUGUAAGCUUCGUUAGUUUUCGAUAACGCAGUGUAUGUUUAGUUGAAUAAAACAAACUAAACAAUGUCCAAGUUCAAGCAAACUAACGCGCAGAUAUAUGCGAAAUCGGCGACGGUGCUGUCUCCGGAUACAAUCUAUUGGAAAAAGCUUGGGGUUCCCACUCUGGUGAAAGAAUUCGGAGCAAUCGACUUCAUCGACUUUAGCCCCGUCGAACCGUACGAGUUCGCCGUGACAGCAUCGGUGCGCGUACAAAUCUACAACCCGGUGACGAAACUUGUAGUGAAGAACAUCAGCAAAUUCCAGGAAGGCGCCCACGGUGGAUCCUACCGGAGCGACGGAGAACUUCUGGUGGCCGGUGAUGACCUCGGUAAAGUACGAAUCUUCGAUCCCAGCUCGAAGUCUAUGUUGAGAUGUUUCGACGGCCACAAGGCUCCAGUUCAUCGGACGUUCUUCAACGCCGAUCGGCAUCAUGUCAGUAGCUUCUCCGACGACAAGACUGUGCGAUAUUGGGAUAUUGCCACGGAGAAGCACGUCAGUACGUUUUCGGAACAUUCGGAUUAUGUGAGGGCCGGCUGUACCAGCCCGGUGAGUCCCAAUAUAAUCGUAUCCGGGGGUUACGACAAGAAAAUCAACAUGUACGACACACGGACAAAGGAAAAGGUUCUAACGCUGGAUCAUGGAAGUCCCGUGGAAUCGGUUAUCUUCCUGCCUAGUGGAGGCAUUUUCAUCAGCGCUGGAGGUACCUCGGUCAAUGUAUAUGAUGCCCUAGCCGGUGGAAGGAAGAUCGCCCAAUUGUCGCAGCACCAUAAGACUAUUACGUGUCUGACACUGGCCAGCGAAGGAAAACGCCUACUUUCCGGAAGUCUAGAUCGCCACGUGAAGAUCUACGAUAUCGCCACCUAUCAGGUGGUACAUACGAUCGAUAACUCCAACGCCGUGCUGAGUUUGGGAGUUUCCAAACAGGAUGAUACCCUUGUGACUGGAAUGGUUGACGGUUUGAUUGCGAUCCAUCGACGGGAUGUCGACAAGGAUAAGGAUGAUGCCGAGCUGAAGAAGGCUCGUCAGUCAAAGGCUCGGGCCCGGUAUGAGAACAUUUUCGAAUCGGCAGACCAAAAAAUCGGUGAGUUCCGUCACGACAGGAUAGAACAGUUCGAUCGUAUGUUGCGGCAGUACGAGUACUCCAAGGCUCUGGAUAGCGUCAUGGUGCCCAGCGUGAUGGGUAAAACUCCGGAAAAGACCGUGGCGUUGAUCAAGGAACUAAUCAGGCGAAAAGGAUUGGAUCGAGCGCUCACAAAACGAACACAUCAGUUUUUGGUACGAUUCAUAAGCUUUCUCUUGCGGAACAUUGGAGACUAUCGAUUUACAGCAGCUCUAGUCGAUGCGGCCAACAUCUUGCUGGACGUGUACGAGGCGGAUUUUCAGCAAUUUGCCGGAACCGAGGUGGGUAAAAUGCUCAUCAAUCUCUCGCGACGGUUGAAAAAGGAGGAGCAAAUCAUUGGCGAUUUCCUGGAGGUCCAAGGACUGCUGGAGAUGAUUUCCGCCGCCGCCGAUGUGGGCCAAGCCGUCAACGAAGACGAGGAAGCCGAAAAAGUGCUGGAGAAGGAACUUCAGGCAUCGGCGAAUGCACAGAAGCAGGCGGUUAUUAAUAUUGAUUGAUUUUUGAAAUAUAUUAACGUCCGUAUUGGGAAAGAAAA